UGAUUAGUUAAUCAUUUUAGCUCCCCUUAGCCUAAUGAGGUCAAUACUUUAAUGGCACAUACAAGAUAUCCACCUUAAUUCUACUAUCUUCACCUUAUUUAUUUUAGACAUCAUCAGUUUAGUCUUCGAAUCCAAUUUGCCUAGUGUAUAAAUCUCCGCUAGUAUUCAAGACUUUCCUCCCCGUCGAUGAUGAUACUGCUAUUUAGAAUAUGUUGGUGGGUCUGGAUAUUCUUCAAUAUAUAUCGACACCAGUUCGCUUGAAGCACCAUGUGGUAUUGUUUCCUGAAGGCUACCCAUUGCCCAUUUCUUCUCUCUCUUCCCCAUGAGUCCUCCACAAGAAUACAGCCCAUAGUUACCACAGUCUCUACUCUGAAAAGGACUGUCUAGGUCCUGUAUGCUGCCAACUGUCUAUCAAUCUAACUGUAAGCUAACGCAGCUGACUAAGGCCGUCAAGUCACGCCUCGGAUUCAUGACCCGCAGCUUAAAUGAGCGACCAAUCGAUCAUUGAAUCAAUCAAUCAAUCAAUCACUGCCUCCCUCGUGCACUCACUAGUCGUCCAGGUCAAUGUAUUGAUCUAAUUUCGGGAUUUACUGAUCCCGCCAUUCGUUACCAUCCCCCAUGCCUACCCGACGUGAUAUCCCUAGUCAUUCCCUCCUUUCCCCCGGCGAUUACGACGAAGAUGCUGAGUCCUUGCGAUCACCGUCAGAGCAGGACUCUGACUCCGAAGAUGACGAGUUUCUCCGUAGAUCUCGCACAACCCUGGAACUAGCGGAGCAUGAUCGCAUGGUGCUGAAUGACGAGGAGGAAACGGAGAAGCUACUGAUCAGGGGAGGUCCAACGCACGGUCUGCGGCGAAUCUUUAGCCCUAAUAGCCCAAGUGUAAAGAUCGGAAAGCGAGAACGGCGACAGAAACGGCGGGAGGAAAGAAGAGCUGCGCGCAGAGGACAGCAUGAGAAAAUGACUGACUCGGGGGAGUUGAUGUUCGAGAUGGAAGAAGGUCACCGGGAGGACGACGAGAGCUCUCUCCUUAGCCGAUCGUCGUCCGAUCUAGACCGACAACUCAAGGAAUAUGGUGGUGAUGAGCGCCCUCAGCGCGUCUCGCGGCUUAAGCUUGCCUUACUUUUCGCGGCGAUCUUUGUCCUCUUCCUUAUAUUCCUUCUAGGAGCAUACAAAGCAUCAACGCCUUUCCGGACUACUAAACCCUCUCAAGCGUUGCUGUCGAACGGCACUGCUCUUUUUUCACCCACCACGAUCCUGAUCUCUCUUGAUGGGUUCCGAGCGGAUUUCCUCAACCGUGGGUUAACACCAACCCUCAACAAGCUCAUUGCCGAGGGUGUAUCGCCGCAGUACAUGCUACCCAGCUUUCCAAGCGUCACCUUCCCCAACCAUUUUACUCUCGUUACCGGAUUAUAUCCCGAAAGUCACGGAAUUGUGGGAAACACCUUCUGGGACCCGGAGUUGCAGGAGGAAUUCUACUACACCCACCCGUCAGUUAGUAUGCGGCCCGAGUGGUGGAAUGCCGAACCAUUAUGGAUGGCUGCCGAGAAACAGGGGAUCAAGACAGCCAUUCAUAUGUGGCCUGGUUCCGAAGCGCAUAUUGGCGGAGUUGAGCCGACAAUACUGGAUAAGUACAAUGGCUCGGAAGCGCUCCCUCGCAAAGCCAAUCGCAUCUUGGAAUUCCUUGACAUGUCUGGCCUCGAGGACGAGUCCGAAAUAGUCUCGGAGCGACCUCAGUUCAUCGCUGCCUAUGUUCCUAAUGUAGAUGCUGAUGGGCACAAGUAUGGGCCCAACAGCACAGAGAUCCAAAGCACUAUCUCAGAAGUAGAUGGCAUGCUGGGUAGCCUUCUCGCCGGCUUGCAAGACCGGAACUUGACCGACAUCGUUAACAUAGUAAUCGUCUCUGACCAUGGAAUGGCCACUACGGCAACCGAACGAUUGGUGCAGUUGGAUGAUUUUAUCGAUCUCAAUUUAGUGGAUCGCAUUGAUGGAUGGCCGUUGCGUGGGCUGCGUCCCAAACGACCAGAAGAUGUCGAGACGCUUCAGAAACAACUGGAAAGCAUAGCUGUGAACUACUCACAUGCGGUUGAGAUUUACACCCGUGAGACGAUGCCCGAGCGCUACCACUUUACGAACAAUGAUCGCAUCGCCCCUCUUUGGGUGAUUCCGAAGACUGGCUGGGCGGUGGUUGAACGACCUGACUUCGACGCCCAUAGCGCCUUGGAGAAAGGCGAGGUAUAUCACCCGAGGGGCGUUCACGGGUAUGAUCACGAAAAUUCGCUGAUGCGGGCGAUCUUCAUUGCCAGAGGCCCGGCAUUUCCUCACCAACCUAAUAGCCGGGUAGAAGCAUUCCAAAAUAUCAAUGUUUAUAAUAUCCUUUGUGAUACUCUCGGCCUCGACCCACGCCCGAACAAUGGAACACUGCGUCUGCCUCUAAAACCCGUGGGCCUCCAUUCGGACGAGGACACUCCAACGCUUGAAAACCCCUCUGACCCUCCAGCCAGCAGCAUGGUUACUCCUGCAUCGCUUAGCACGACUUCGACUGUACCGGCUUUUACAAGCCCAACAGCUACCUCUACAACCGUCCCCGAGGCCCCAUCAGAGGAAGAGUCAGAUGAUGAGGCGGACAACGAAAACGACCAACCCUCUACCUGGUGGGGGUCUCUUUGGGAUAAAAUCGAGGACCUGAAGGAUUGGGCGGGUGACCUAAUUGAGACCGUGAAGGACAACUUCCCUUAAAUUUCGACGUUAUCGCAGAGCCAAUGGACUCGAUGAUCGUGGUAUAGUAUAUACUAUUCGUUGCUUUAAAGAUACCCACUUUUCUCCGUGUUAGAUAGUAUACAUCUUGUUGGAUAAUCUAAUUUUUGUUUUUGAUUUUUGGUUCGCUGCAAUACUUCCGUCUCUGAAGAGAGAAGAAAAGAAUUCUCCAAUGAAUCUGGGUCAAGCGAUUGAAUCCUUGAGGCUGAAAUCCUUGAGGCUGAAAUCCUUGAGGCUGAAAUCCUUGAGC